CAGUGCGGUGCAGUUGUAUUUUCAUCUUUUUCAAUUCAGCUCGGUCAUAGUUAUUGUGAUAUUUAUAUUCGUUUCUUUCCAUUAACAUCCACUCUUUGGUAUAGCAAAAGAAAAAUGAAGCAAAUUAUGAAUGUUUUCGGAAGCCGUUACAACUCGGUGCGUACAAAUGUUUGUGACAAUGGCACCUUUGAAAGUUUAGCAGUUAACAGGAAGAACUUGACUCGACAAUUUUCUAUCGUUGAUUCUUUUUUUCAUCAAAGGAAAAAAGGAGAGCGAACCCGUUAUCCCAAGUCCAAUUUUAUCUUGAUGGCCACCGGAUUAGUGUCAAUUUGUCUAGGAGUCAUGUCGCAUAUAUGCAAUCCAUAUAUGUUCAUAUUCAAAUGGAAAUUAGUUUUCGAGAACGGGGGUGAAAUAUUUGAACUUUGGAGAACGCCACCUGUUGAUCUUUACAUACGAAUUUUUUUGUUCAACGUUACGAAUGCGGAACAAUAUCUCAACGGAGCAGAAGAAAAAAUGGUUUUUGAAGAAGUCGGACCAUUUGUCUAUAGAGAGCUGCUUUCACAUGAAAAUAUAACAUUCAACGAUAACGGAACUCUCUCUACGAAACCUAGUCAUCCUCUUGUUUUCCAAGAACAUUUGUCUGGCGGUCAUAAAGAAGAAGAUCUUUUCUAUUUGCCGAACAUUGCAUUACUGAGCAUCGCUCAAGUGGCAUCGAGGCAUAAUUAUUUGAUUCGAUUGCCUUUAAACUUGUUAAUACGACAAACAAAAACGCUUCCCUUAGAGAAGCAAACAGCGAGGCAAUUCAUGUUUGGAUACGAAACUACCUUAACAACACUUGGGAAUACCUUUUUGCCUAAUUGGAUAUCAUUUAACAAAGUAGGAUUGAUUGAUAGAAUGUACGAUUUUGACGACGAUUUCGAAACUUUUUAUACUGGAGUAGGCGAUGAAUCACUUUCAGGCUUAUACGAAAGUUACUUAGGUUCUUCAAAAUUAAUACAGUGGGAAGGAGAGCAUUGUAGCAAUAUAAGGAAUGCAUCAGAUGGAACAAAAUUCAAAAGCUUUAUAAAAGAUGAUGAACAAUUAUUGUUUUUUAGAAAAAGUAUGUGCCGCCCCCAAAGAAUGGUUCAAAGUGGAAACGAUUACGAGGUAGAUGGAAUACAAGCGACAAAAUUUGUAUUUGAGGAGAAUGCACUCGAUAACGGACAAACCGAUGCCAGAAACAGGUGUUUUUGCAGAAAAGGGGAAUGUCUUGCCAGAGGCCUCAUAGAUGUCACAGACUGUUACUAUGGAUUUCCUAUUGCGCUCAGUUAUCCACAUUUCUACGACGGUGACCCCGCACUUCUCACUAAAAUACGUGGAUUACAUCCCAACGAAUCGCUUCAUAGCAGUUAUUUUAUGAUAAAUUCAAUUUCUGGACUGCCCCUGCAACUAUCUGUAAAGUUUCAAAUAAAUAUGGCAAUGGGAGAUAUAUCGAAUAUGGCAGAAUGUGAACGCUUCGCUAAUAUUGUUAUACCGACUUUAUGGUUUGAAAUAACAAUGCUUCAACUUCCAAAAAAUUUGCGGAAUAGAUUCUUAUUUUAUUUGAACUACCUGUGGAUUUUUGACCGGAUUGUUUAUUUCAUUCUUCUAGUCGGAGGAACACUGCUGCUUUUAUUUGCUGUGAUACGUGUGUCAUUAUCCUUGUCACUGGAGCUUUCGUCACGUAGUAUAUCAAACAGAAGAAAAGGAAGCUUAAUACCUCAGAAAUGUCAGGAAAGUCGAAGGAAUUCGGUUCUAAAAAAUAAUACUUCAAAACUAGAAAAAGGCUCUGAUCAGGAAAAGGAACAUUUUCUCGCUUGAAAUUAGAAAAAAAAAUGUCAUUAGAUUAGAUAAAUUCACAGAAUACUAGAGUGAUGUCGCAUGCAAUAUACACGUUAUUUGUCUUUAUUUUUUACAUGGGGGAAAUGACAGCUUUUGCAAAUUUUGAUUUUGAUUCGGCCAUAACAAUAUUUGAUAUGCAAAACUAUUCUAGCCUAAUUUGAGCUUAAUUGGUCUUAAAUACCAGAACAUAUUUGGUCAACACAUGAUGAAGCCGCCAUUUCCUCUAUAUAUUGAGUUCCUCUUUGUAACUGGUUUAAACAUUUUGCUCAAAGGUGUCUUUAGGCGAUAGACGGGCAAAUCGAUAUCACAUAGUAUCAUAAGUAUCAAUAAAACCAACCGAUAUCAAAGUCAUCAAUACCAAUUGAAAAUCAAUUCAUGUAAAUUAAUAUGUCAAAAUACAGUAUAUGCAAGGUCAGCUUGAUAGUUUACAUUUGCAACAUUUGGAAGGAAUUGACGUCGCUGUAACAUGGAAACAACGCCAUUGAAUGCUCGAAAGAAAAUAAAAUCCGAAUCCGAAAAUACAUACAAUGUGUGUAUAACAAAUUUUCUGGCAUGUGAGUUUCAACUUCGCCACACACACUUAAAAUAGAUUUCGCUGUUAGGUAAUUCUUUGUUUGACGAAAAACUACGGUAAACCAAAGAAAUUCGAUUAACAAGAUUAAUUUUACCGAAUAUCAGUAAAAUCAUACCGAACAAACUGUAAGUCCAAAAUGAUUUGACGGAGUUUCAGUAGUCGAACUUACAGUUUGAUCUGUAAAAUCGUAUUAUCGCCGUGCAUUGUAAAAUAAUUACCGGGCAAACUGCAAAAUAAAUAAUAUAUUACAAAACAACAGUAAAGCGAUAAA